AUGGCGUCCAUUCCAAUCUAUUGUUAAAAUCAUACUCAGAAACAAAUUUCAUUUAUUUGUAUUUCAUAACAUGAAUGUCAAAGAAUGCUGUGCUCAGAUUGUCUUUACACUCACAAAAUUCCUUUUGAUAAAACCCUAACAAUCUAAAAAUUUAAAGAACGUUUAAAAGCAAAAAUAGUUGAAUUAUAAAUUAGUGAUCAGUCUGAAUUAAAAGCUUAAAGGCUUAGAUUUUAAAUAAUGAUUAAUGAAUUAGAAUAGAAAUUUAAAGUUUUCAUUUAAAAUAUCAGAUAAACAACUCUAAAAAUGUACCAAGAAAUUGAGUCCUAAGAAUAAUUUUUCUACAAAUUUUUGACGGAUAAUAUAGCAUUAAGCAAUACAUCUUGGCAAGAUAUCAAUAUUUUAGUUGACAUCUUGGAAGGUAUUAAGCUAAAUACUCAUCUUAAAAUAAAAGAAUAAAAAUUAUUAACACUUCAAAAACUCAAUUCAAAUUUAUCAAACCAAAUCUCCUAAUUAGAUAAGAAUAUAUAACAUUUCAUUGCUACAUGGUAUUUGAAAUUCAGAUAAUUAGUUAAAAGAUUGAUUAGAUGAUAGAGAACAAAGUGUAGAAAAUAUAAAAAGAUAUUAAGAAUAAAAUUCACUUUAAAUGGAAAGAUGGAAUUUUCAGAGAAACUGGAUGGUACAGAUACAAAAAUAGAUUAUACAAAACCAAAUUCAAGAUUGAAGUUACUGCUUAAGGAAAAAUAUAAUAUAUAAAAGAUGGAGCAAUUAUGAGAAUGUAAGUACUUUCAAAUUAAUAAGGGACAAUAAGCAAGAUAUUUAAAUGAAUAAUAAUGAUAUUUGUAGAAAUAUCGAAUAAAUUAAAAAAUUAAGCUGGAGAGGGUCAUACAAUAAAGCUAACAAGAAAAUAGGAAAGUGGACAAUUAUUUGGAAGAAUGAAGUUACUGAUUUUGGAGGUGUUUAUGAUGAUAAAGGAAAUAAAACCGAUAUUUGGAAAGAAUAAUACGAAAAUUAUUCUGAGUAUAUAUCAUAUAUCAAAAUCUAGUUUAUUUAAAGCAUUAUACAUUGGAGAAUAUAUUGAUGGUAAAAAAAUUGGAAAUUGGAUUACAAAACUAGAUAAUCUUAUCAUGUAAGAAAUAACUACAAAUAAAUAUAUUAGUGGCGGAGGCAAUUAUAUUCUACCCAAUGUGAAGGAUGGAAAAUGGGUGGAAUUGAACACUAAUCUUAAAAGGUAAUUUAAUAUUAGAUUAAGUGAAUUUUAAGUUUACAUAAUAGGGGAAUAUAAAAAUGGAAAAAAAUAAGGAAUUGAGCUCAUAGUCCAUCAGAAUAAAAUUAUGUAAAUUAACUUAGUUUUAUAUUAGAGCAUAAGGAAUAUACGAUCAAGAUGGAAAGAAGAAUGGAAAGUGGGUUGAAGUUUUUGAAAAUUAUAAUAAGUAGAAUACAUAUUAAAAAAGGGAUUGCUAAGUAUUUUGGGUUGGAAUUUAUAGAGAAGGGCUAAAAUACGGAAAAUGGAAUCUUGUAUCAUAGAAACAAGAAAAAUCUUAGGAAGUCAUAAUGUAAAAAUAUAAGUAUAUAAAUAGUGGGGGUGGUACAUAUGAUGAAUUAGGUUUAAAGAUUGGAUAAUGGAUUGAAUUACAUAAUAAUUAUCAAAAGUAGGAUAUUAAAUUAGAUAAUAGUAAUUGCUAGGUUACUUAUAAUGGUUAAUAUAAAUAAGGGAAAAAAAUUGGAAAAUGGAUAACUUCGUAUAAACCAAAAAAUAAAUAAGAUAUCAGGACAAUGUAAAUAAUGGUAUAAUAUGUAGUUGUAACGGUAAUUAUGAUGAAAAUGGAAAUAAAACAGGAAAUUGGAUAGUAUUACACAAAAACUUUUUUGAGUUUUAAUCAUUUAUAAUUUAGUGGCUGUUUAAUUAAUUAUGAAGGAGUUUACAAGUUUGGCAAAAAACAAGGUUAUUGGAAAACUUAAUAUUGCCAGGAUACAAAAAAAAACCCUGAAAUUAUGUAUGAAUUUUAUGAUUUUUAGAGGUGGUGGCGCUUAUAAUGAAAAUGGCCAGAAGAACGAGGAAUGGAUUGAUUUGGAUGAGAAUUUUUGGGAGUAUAUUUUCAUCAUAACUAUAUAGCGAUUCAUAAAUUAUAUAUAAAGGUUAUUACUGCAAUGGUUAAAAAUAAAAGAAGUGGGAUACAAUGUUAAGGAUAAAUAUCGAAUCAUAGUUUUAAAACAUGUAAAUCACUAAUAUAAUAAAAAGUGGCGGGGGCUAAUUUAAUGAAAAUGGAAUGAAGGAUGGAAAGUGGAUCGAAUUGUGUGAUAAUUUCUUUUGGUUUUAUAUUUAAUAAUUAUCAAAGCUGGAAUCAAUGCGUAUUAAUUGGAGAAUAUUAGAACGGAUUAAAGAAAGGGGAUUUUGUUGAAAAAAAGUUGAAUUGAUUUACAAUUUAAAUUAAAAAAAUUAAAAAAUUUUAAAAGGG